AUGGGGGGCCCAUCCCCAGCCCUCCCCGUACUGCCUCCACUCCUCAUGGCCCAGAGCCGAGGGGCCCUGGAGAGCGUCCAGCGGUUCUCCCUGCUGCCCACCUACCUCCCGGUGACGUACCGCAUGCACGAGGCCGACGUGGUCUUCUUCCUGAAGGAGGCCAACCAGGACAUCAUGAGGAACUCCAGCCUGCAGUCCCGCGUGGAGUCCUUCCUGGUGUACCGGGCCCGGCAGCCGCCUGUGCUCAGCGCCAGCUACGGGCCCUUCUCCACGCGGCAGCCCGUGCCCCGGGACCUCCUGCAGUCCCCCAGCCCCUGCGGGCUCGCCAGCCAGUGUCCGCUCAGCUGGAAGCUGAAGCCUCACAUCCUGCAGGACAGGGUCUACCCGAGCCGGCCCCGAGUGCAGGUCCUGUUCUACGUGGUGGGCCGGGACUGGGACGCCCAGGACCCCCCUGAGCCGCUGCCCUGCCUGCGCGUGUUCGCCUUCCGGGAGACCCGAGAGGUCAGGGGUGGCUGCCAGCUGAGAGGUCCGCUCGGGCUGUGUGUGGCCGAGCUGGAGCUGCUGCCCGCCUGGUUUAGCGCCCCCACGGUGGUGGCUGGCAGGAAGAAGGUGGCCGAGCGACUGGAGGGGACCCCUGUGGAGCUGUACUACGUCGUCCAGCCCGGGGACGCUCAUGGAGACUGUGCCAAGGGCUCGCCACGGGCCGGGGGCAGUCCCCGCACAGGCCGGGGAGAUGCGGACGACCCGGCACCCCCCCUGCAGAGGAUCGGGAGCGUGUUCCUGUGUCAAGCCCAUGGCCCCCCUGCCCUCCGAGAGCUGCGCCUGGACCACAACGUGGCCGUCCACUACCUGCCUCAGACCGUCCGGCCUGGCCACCUGCUCACCUUCCCCGUCUCGGUGUCCAGGAACUCCACCGAAGACCAGUUCACCCUGAGGGCCAAGGUGAAGAAGGGCCUGAGCAUCAUCGGGGUACGGGCCAGCAACCCCUCGGUCUGGGACAUCAGGGCGAGCUCGGACCACACUGGGAGGCACUCCCCGGCUGUCAUCCUGUGCAGAAAGACGUCGACCACCCCGGAAGACAGCGUGGGCACCGCCUCCUACGAGGUCAUGCAGGUGGACGUGGAGAUCUCAGAGCCCGGAGACCCUCCGGCCACACAGCUGGUCACCUGGCAGGUGGAGUACCCGGGAGGGUUCACCUCAGACCUGGGAGUGUCCAAGAUCUACGUGAGCCUGAAGGACAUCAUUGCAGUGACCCCGCUGGCCAUGGAGGCCGAGAUCCUGAACACGGCUGUCCUCACGGGGAAGACGGUGGCCGUGCCGGUGAAGGUGGUGGCCGUGGACGAGGACGGCACCGUGACCGAGCUGCUGGAGUUGGUGCAGUGCAGGUCGUCCGACGAAGACGUCAUUAAGGUGUCUGACAGGUGUGACUACGUCUUCGUCAACGGCAAGGAAAUGAAGGGCAAGGUGACUGUCCCCUUGAGCUUCUCCUACCAGCACCUGCAGGGCACGCUGGAGAUGACCGUGUGGGUGCCCCAGCUGCCCCUGCACAUAGAGGUCUCGGACACCGAGCUCAACCAGAUCAAGGGCUGGAGGGUGCCCAUCGUGGCCAACAAGAGGCCGGCCCGGGACAGCGAGGACGAGGACGAGGAGGGGCGCCGGGGCCGGGGCUGCGCUCUGCAGUACCAGCAUGCCACCGUGCGUGUCCUCACCCAGUUUGUGGCCGAGCCGGCCGAGCCUGGGGCCCACCUGGCCCACCUGCUGGGCUCCGACUGGCAGCUGGACGUCACGGAGCUGGUGCACGACUUCCUGCAAGUGGAGGACCCCCGCGUGGCCCGGCUGCAGGGCGGGCAGGUGCUCGUUGGUCAGGAGCUUGGCAUGACCACCAUCCAGAUCCUGUCGCCGCUGUCGGACGCCAUCCUGGCCGAGAAGACGGUCAUGGUGCUGGAUGAAAAGGUGACCAUCUCGGACCUCGGCGUCCAGCUGGUGACGGGGCUGUCACUGUCCCUGCAGCUCAGCCCAGGCAGCAACAGGGCCAUCUUCGCCACGGCGGCUGCCCAGGAGCUGCUGCAGAGGCCCAAGCAGGAAGCGGCCAUCAGUUGCUGGGUCCAGUUUAGCGACGGCUCGGUCACACCCUUGGAUAUCUACGCCGGGAGCGACUUCUCCCUCAUGGCCACAUCCCUGGACGAGAAGGUGGUGUCUGUCCACCAGGACCCCAGAUUCAAGUGGCCGGUGAUUGCGGCUGAAACCGAAGGUCAGGGGCCGCUGGUGAAGGUCGAGAUGGUCAUCAGCGAGUCGUGCCAGAAGUCCAAGAGGAAGAGUGUCCUGGCCGUGGGGACUGCCCACGUCAAGGUGAAGUUCGGCCAGAGUGAUGCCAGCCCCAACACCAGUGACAGCGACGGUCAUGCCGGGCGAGGCGUUCACCUGGAGAACCGGCCCGGUGAGCGGAGGCCCAGGAAGCCGCUGCCCGAAUGGGAUGGCCAAGAGGGGCCGUCCUAUGCCAGCUCCUCCGUGGGCCUCCUGGGAGGCAGGGGCUUCGCCACCGAGAGGUCAGCCUUCCCGCGGAGGCCUGGCCAGGAGAGCUUUCUCGAGUACGGCGAGGACGGCCGGUUCCAGACCAGCCCCUCGGAGCUCACCAGCUUCCCAGCCCAAGUGGACGUGCCCGUCAGCAAGGGGGACACGGACGAGAAUGACCUCAUGCAGGCGCCGCAGGGGCUGAGCGACCUGGAGAUCGGGAUGUACGCCCUGCUGGGCGUCUUCUGCCUGGCCAUCUUGGUCUUCCUCAUCAACUGCGCGGCCUUUGCCCUGAAGUACAGGCACAAGCAGGCACCCUUGGAAGAGCAGGAGGGCGUGAGGCACCCCCACGGCUGGGUGGGGCUGAGCCACCAGGCGGCGCUGCUGGACGACACCCUCCACUUGGCCACCUCCCAGGAGGAGCAGACCACGGCCUUGGACAGGGACUUUGAGGAGAGCAAGUACCUCCUCAGCACCCGCGCGCAGACCAGCAGCAACGGCCAGUUGUUCAAAGCCCCGGGGCCCCUGGCCACCGACGGGCGGGACCCCAAGAGCGAGGCCCCCGCUUCCCCCACCUCCAAACGGAAACGAGUGAAGUUCACCACCUUCGCCACCAUCUCCCCGGGGGACAGCUACCCGGCGGUGAACUCGCUGGCCAUGAGCAGCGAGGAUGACAUUAAGUGGGUGUGCCAGGACCUGGACCCCGGAGGAUACACAGACGUGCACAGCUACAUGGAGAGGUUACGCGAGGACGUGUAAGCACACCCACACGGCGGACCUUGUCCCCGCUUGGCCAGUGACCUUUCGCCUGGAGAUUGGCCACGCGCUUGGGGGAUUGGCGAAAGGGCAGGGCAGGGCGAUGGUGGCACUGCCAACAGAGCCCCUGGGACAGCCCAGCCCUGAGGCAGAACCGGUGCCUGUGUGCCAUGCACCACGUGCAGAGUCUCUCCCAGUGGAAGAGGUUCUCGUGCGUGGCCAGGUGUCAGAACUGGAACAAAAUGGAGCGUUCCACCACUGAGGUUCCCGAAAAGAGCUAGCUCUCUCUCUGUCUCUCUCUCUCUCUCCUGAAAGCAGUUUGGACGCAGUACAAUCCACACGGCUCCGUGAUCACAGCCCGCAGAAGGAGGGUGAGCCUCCGUGGGCCAGGGAGAGGAGGGUGUCCUUCGGCUCGGACAGCAGCUCUAGCUGCGAUGGAGACUGGCUGGAGAGCAGCCACGCGCCCUGAGGAGGCGAGAUUGUGGGUCGGCAUCUCCCAACGACUGGGGCAGGGCUGCUCCCGUGGUCCACAGGCCACGGCAAACGCCCACCAGGAUUUCCAAGGGGGCCAGGGGGCUGUUGAGUCUUGUCACUGGGUGCGGAGAACAAACUGGAAUGUCCUCGGAGUGGUUCUGAGAAUUGCUUUAUCCGUAAACUCGGAUCCUGGACACAGGAUGCCACCAGGC